AUGAUCAAAGAGCUAUACCAGCCAGCGGAACCAAAGUCGCACCGUCCGAGCUACGCCAACAAGGCGGUCAUCCUGAGCAGCGGCAAGUGGGAGCAGAUGUGGAAGAAGGUCACCAGCCCGGCCGACAAGGAAACGGAGGUGCUCUGCCAACAGGAGCGCGAGUUCCGGGAGUACCUGAAGCGGAGCUCGAAGAAGAUGACCGGCAGCUGGGAGAACACGGUGCAGAACAUCCGCGACAAGAAGGAGGCGGAGCGGUUGCGCCGCGACAAGGCUAAGAUCGAGGAAGAUCAGCGCCACUACCGGGAGUUGAAGGCGGCGGACGAGAUACAGCGGCGGGAGUUGAUCCAGAAGGCGGAAGAUCUGAUCCAGAAGGACAAGGUGGGUCCGCGAGUGCUGGAGAGUGCCGCCAAGUUCUGCGAGGUGCUGAAGGGUCGCGAGCUACAGCGCCAGUUCCGGCUGGAGCAGGAGAACGCCCAGCACCUACGCCGCCAGUCGGUCGAUCAGCAGACGUUGUCGCAGGCAAAUCAGUGGUUGCGGUCGCACGGCGACCGGCUGCUGGAGGACCGCCAGCGGUUCGACAACUACAAGCGCGAGCUGAAGGAGACGAUGGUGCGGAACCAGGAGCUGCAGCGCCAGCGCAAGGAGGCGCUGGUGGCCGAGGAACAGCAGAGCCUGGAGGUGAUCGAGGGAGAGAUGCGCCGGCACCAGGAACGGGAGCGUCGGGCAGCGGAGGAGAGCAAGGAGAUGCGGCGCAUGAGCGCCCUGGAGGCGAUCCAGAUGGCCGAGGACCGGCGGGCGCGGCUGAAGCGCGAGGGCGAGAUCGAGGACAAGCUGAUCCAGAUCUACACCGAGGGCCAGCAGAACAUCGCCAGCUUCAAGCAGACCCUGCACGUGAACAAACACCGGUUCCGGGACAAUUCGAACCAGCUGCGGGACGCGAUCGAGAGGCAGCGGGCGGCGCUAACGCAGGAGGAGCGCAACCUGCAGCGGGCCGCCGAGGAGAAGGAGCGGAUCGCGUCGAUCAAGGAGCGCGAGCAGACGGAGCAGGCUAAGCAGCUGAAGGCGGCCCGGAUGCAGGCGCACCUGGAUGAGAUCGAGUGGCAGCGGCAGCGGGAGGCCGAGGAAGCGGUCCUGACGCGGCGCGAGUACGAGGAGCGACUGAAGAACAUCGACGUCACGUACGGCUUCGAUCGCCACAAGGUGGCGGACAAGACGGCCAAGACGUACGCCCAGCGGAAGCUGCUGCUCGGCCAAAUGGUGGAGAAGGAGGUGCGCGAACGUCGGGAGGCGGACACGGCGCUCGAGCUGCGGUACGCGAGGGAUUGCGCCGACAAGGAGAACAAGCUGUUCCUGCAGUACGCCCAGGAUCUGAUCGGAGACGCCCGGGUCAAGGGGCGGCCGAUCCUGCCGCUCCUCAAGACGGUGCAGAGCUACAAGCGGGAGCACUUCCACGACUUCAAGGAGGCAGACAUCGUUCCGCAGCACUUGCUAUCGCGCGUCCCGAUCAACAACAAGCUGAUCGAGCACGGGCUGCUGGACCGGUUCGAGACGCACCAGAAGGCGCUGGUCAUACCGAAGAAGCCGGCCCCAGCCGGACGCGUACCGACCGCUGGGGCCACUCUCGGACUGCCAUCCGAACUGCGGCCCAAAUCCAAGGGAGGGUCGCCCAAGGGUGGCGCAAAAGAAAGGCCUCAAGAGGGGACCAAGUAG